GAGGCAGAGGAAUGUUGGGAAUGAUCCUGUGAUUGGAGCAGCGGCGCUGGGCGUGGAGGAGCAGCGUUCAGAAGACAUUUCCAGGGAUGCCGAGCUGAAUGAGAUGCGGCUGAGCUUCGAGGCGACACUCCUGCAAAUGCGCAGCGCGUGAUUUAGCGUGUUUUACCGGUGGUCAGCGCGUCAUCUCUGCCGCUCGCUGUCGCGUUAAACACCGCCGCUGCUCUGAAGAUCUGCCACCGUCAAAGCGAGCUUUCUCAUGUGAGUUACCCAUCAUCGCUGCUUUAUGUUCGUAGCACAUGACGGAGGAUAUUAGAGCUGUGGCACCUGCAGUAGCUCGCGCUCAUCAUCAUCAUCAUCAUCAUCAUCGCUUCAAGCGUUCAUUCGUUUGCAAGCCGUAUUACUGGAUGGACGUGUUAUCGUUGAUGUUUGGGAAAAUGCGUCAGUGCUGCCGCUCCCCUGCGGUUUGAUCUUGAGCGGCACAAACGUGUGACUGAUUCAAACCAUGGAGCCCAAACCCGACUGCUGCGCCUCAUCCGUGCCCAACUCUCAGUGCGAGCUGCAGCUCAACAUCUACGAGACCAUCAGCGAGGGGAACGUGAAUAAGCUGGAGAGCUCAGCGCUGGUGCGCGCCGGCAGUGACCCCAGCUCCUAUCCCUCCUCCAAACGCCAGAGGUUCAUCCGCAGGAGCCUGUGGUUCACUGAUAAUGACGAGCCCCAGGCCGACGACUGCAACCCGGAGUGCGAGGAGCAGAGGAAGAUGCUCAGCAUCAACCUGAGGACCAUUGUGGACCGAACUCUGGCCGUCCGAUCCGGUUUACAGGUGGGAUCGAGCACGGAGAGCCAGAAGGCCCAGAAAGAGCUGGAGAGCGGCAGCGCAGACGAGGAGCGAACGGAGCUCAGAGCGGACAGCGUGAAGACUCACGUAAAGGCGGCCAGCGAGGAGAACGAGGAGGAGGCUGAGAUGAAGGCCGUGGCCACCUCUCCCGGCGGACGCUUUCUCAAGUUUGACAUCGAGAUCGGCCGCGGCUCCUUCAAGACGGUCUACAAGGGCCUGGACACGGACACCUGGGUGGAGGUGGCCUGGUGUGAACUUCAGGACCGCAAGCUGACGAAGGUGGAGAGGCAGCGCUUUAAAGAGGAGGCUGAGAUGUUGAAGGGCCUCCAGCACCCAAACAUUGUGCGCUUCUAUGAUUUCUGGGAGUCUCCGCUGAAGGGGAAGAAGUGCAUCGUGCUGGUCACAGAGCUCAUGACGUCAGGCACACUCAAAACGUAUCUGAAGCGCUUCAAGGUGAUGAAACCCAAAGUGUUGCGCAGCUGGUGUCGUCAGAUCCUCAAAGGCCUGCACUUCCUUCACACACGCACACCUCCCAUCAUCCACCGGGACCUGAAGUGUGACAAUAUCUUCAUCACGGGGCCCACGGGCAGCGUGAAGAUCGGAGACCUGGGUCUGGCCACGCUCAAAAGAGCCUCCUUCGCCAAGAGUGUGAUCGGUACGCCGGAGUUCAUGGCCCCAGAGAUGUACGAGGAGCACUACGAUGAGUCCGUGGACGUCUACGCGUUUGGCAUGUGCAUGCUGGAGAUGGCCACAUCUGAAUACCCAUAUUCAGAGUGCCAGAACGCCGCUCAGAUCUAUCGCAAGGUCACCAGCGGGGUGAAGCCUGCCAGUUAUAAUAAAGUGAUGGAUCCUGAGGUCAAAGAGAUCAUUGGCGAGUGUAUUUGUCAGAAUAAAGAGGAGCGUUACUCCAUCAAGGACCUGCUGAAUCACGCGUUCUUCGCGGAGGACACCGGCGUGAGGGUGGAGCUGGCGGAGGAGGACGACGGCUUGAAGACGUGCAUCGCGCUGAAGCUGUGGGUGGAGGAUCCCCGCAAGCUGAAGGGCAAGUACAGGGAUGGAGGAGCCAUCGAGUUCAGCUUCGACCUGGAGAAGGAGGUCCCUGAAGCCGUGGCGCAGGAGAUGGUUGAGUCUGGUUUCUUCCAUGAGAGCGAUGCAAAGAUAGUGGGCAAGUCUCUCCGUGACCGAGUGGCUCUGAUUAAGUGGCGCAGGGAGAGGACGGUGCCGAGGGCCUCACAGGCCGUACCGGGCGAGAUGGGGCCCAUCCUCUGUGAACCGCCCGGUCUGCUGGAGCCUGAAGAGCCGGAGGUGGAUCAGCAUGUCCACGUGUGUCCGCUCGGUGCCAGGACCACCUCCACCACAUCUGACAGUGGCAUCGGUUUGACUGUGUACUCGGACUACCACAGCAGUGGUCUGCACAGUGUCAUAUACCAGUCUUUACAGGAAUCUGUCUCCACAGCAAACCAGCAGGGUGCACAUCAUGAAAGCUCUUCUGUAAAUGAGUUAAUCCAUUUCCUGCUCCGACCCACAAGUCCUGCCUCCUUUCAAAUACCACGAGACCAAUCAGAGAUGAAAGAAGACGGACUGGGAAGUUAUCCCUCUGGAAAUUUGCUGCUCGCUCCUUCGCCUGUAACGACUCGCCGCUAUAGCGACACAUCAGUGGGGCCAUCCUCUGAGACAAAGGGGGAGGAGUCUAUCUCAAUGGCAAGGCAGGGGCGUCGGCUUUCUUUAAACCCCACCCCUCACCAGCCACCGUCCCCGUGUCAGGUCUGCUUAUCCUUAUUUCUGCUUGGGACAUGUGCAGAUAGAAGACAUUCGCCCUAUUCUUUAUUUCCAAUUCCUCACGUACCUGAUGUCCGCAGAGGCUCCUUCAGUGAGACCUCUGACCUCUCCCAGCUUAACAAAUCUCUGGAGAGCAUCACGGGCCACAGACAUCAGCCCGAGAGAGGGCAGUACCGGCCUGCCCUCAGCCACAGCGAUGAGGGGCACACCCUGGAGCCGCCUCGUGAUGCACUGACCUCCCGUCGCAGAGCCAGUUUUUGUGCUGGCGAGCGCUCUCUGGCUGAUGCGUCUUCUGUUCUGAGAGUCCAAAGCCAGGCUGCACCUGCCGCAGCUCAACACAUGCAGACGUUCCCUCCUGUCUCCUCAGAGACCCCCGCGCAGGCCGCCAGACAGAAUCUGUCCACUCCCCUGCCGCUGGCGCUUCUGCAGGGUGUCUCGAUCGCACCGCAAACCAUGGAUCAACAACAGCUUGCACCUACAGGUCAGACUACCGAGCUGAAAGCACAGGCCCACACGCUCCAAACUGCAGCGUCGCAUCAGCCAUUCUCUGUGCCACAGAGUGCCGCGGGUCCGAGUUACCAUCCUGCCGGGGCAGAGCUAGCAAAUGCACAGACAUUUCCACCUGUGCAGCUCACUGCAGUCGCAGCUGCACACAGUCUCCCAUCUAAAACAGAAGCAGCGCUGCCUGCAGAUCAGAGCUUUCAGAGCGGAGCCUCCACCGUGCAGCAUAUCCCACCAGCAUCUGCACAGACUCGACAAACACCUGUGUUACAACAUUUGCAGCAACUCACUGCAAAUGCCACAACAGAUGGGCAACUCCGAGACUUCUCAAACAUGCAGCAAACUGCUCCUGUGCAGCUGAGCCAGACAGGCCCUGCACCACCUGUCCCACAGCUCUCCAUUCAGACACAGCUGAUGGACAGCUGGCAGCAAGGAGGACAGUCUACCUCCAGUCUGCUGACACAACCUGUUCCUCCUCCUCCUCCAGCUUACCUCACACAGUUUCCUUCCAUUAACUCAGCUCAGUCAGUCAGGACCCCUCUUCCUGGAUGUGACCCGUACCCCGCCUGCUUUCCCUCUGUGCAGUCAUCCCUCAGUCUGCCUGUCCCGACACACCCCAACAUCUCGCCAGUGUCAUGUUCGCAGAUGGAGAUCUCUGCGCUAACCCAGUACCCCCACCUGUCCUCCACUUCUCCUAUACCCACACAAUGUCCCGCUCCACCCUUUGCUGCUCCAGUGUUCGCGCCUCCAGUUCCCACAAUUCACCAGUACCAGCAGGCCUAUUCUGUUGCUAAGCAGCCCGCCAUAAACUCCAUGGCCACUCUCUCCCAACAUUCCCACAGUCAGGCCACACCCACAGCGCACCAAAGUCUCCACCCCACUCCAAACCCCGCCUCUAUGUGUGCCAGGGUCCCUCCCACUAUACAAGCUCCGCCCACCCAGGGAGUCUUGACCAGCCAUUCCCAAACUGUUCACGUGGACCAGAACUCGUCCAGUAGCUCCGAUCACGUCCAUGUUUCUCAGAUGAUGACACACCUGACUCCAGCUCCUGCCCCGAGCUCCAGCGUCAGCCAUAAUGCGCCUCAGCCUCCCGCAGUACCACAGCUCUCGCCCUUCAGACCCAUCCUCGACACAUUCGGCUCUGCGGUGCCCGUGGACCCAAACCAGGCUCCUCAGCACUCCAGCCCAGCCUCUUUACCCACCGUCCCGCAUUCAGGAGCCGGUGCCAGCCUGAGCCAGCAGAACAGCAGUGUAAAGCCAGCGCUGCAGCAGCAGCACAGCACCAGUGGAUGUGGAGGAGCUCCCACUGAAGUAUGCUCUGAGGAGCAUGUUCCUGAUAAACAGACAGCACCAGCUGGUUCCACGAAUGACAGUAUAAACUCAGAUGCCACAUCAGGUAAAGAGAUGAGCGAUGGGAACGAGGGCUCCGGCAGAGCUCGCAGUGAAUCACAAGUGCGAAAACCCAAUCGCAAAACGUCCCGCACGCGCUCCCGCCAAGACAAGAUCAACAGACCCAAACUCACCAUGAUCAAAGUGUGUGACACAGGAGACAAGAUGGUGGAGUGUCAGCUGGAGACUCAUAACCAUAAGAUGGUGACGUUUAAAUUUGACCUUGAUGGAGAUGCUCCAGAGGAGAUUGCCACAUAUAUGGUUGAGAACGAGUUUAUUCUGUUGCUGGAGAGGGAGAUGUUCAUCGAGCAGCUGAAGGAUAUCAUGGAUAAAGCCGAGGACAUUCUGAAUGAGGAUGCUGAGGGUGAGAAGGCCUCUGUCCAGACCUCACCGCUCUGUCAGACGCCUGUCACAGCAGACUCCGGCCCGCAGGGGUCAAAACCUGAGUGCACGCAGUCUGACCAGCUCGUCUAUAAACAGAACGUGCUUCACACUGGAAAGCGCUGGUUCAUCAUCUGUCCUGUGGCGGAGAGGGCCGCGCCUAAUGGAGAAGAGGCUGCCGCGAACCCAGAGAGCUCCUCUACAUCUCAAACGCAGGAUGUGAGCACAGCCAGAGCCAAACCUCUGCAGAAAUGGCCAUCGGUGCCACAGGCGUCCCUCUCUGAGGUUGCUCCGUCGGCCGAGGGCCCUCAGGCUGCCUGCACAGCUGUGGUUCCUGACAUCCCAUGCUGCCCCAUUGUGCCUCCCAUUUCACUGGACGUCUCUGCUCAGAAAGCAGCGGAGGUCCCUCAGCAGCCAGUCGCUUACAGCAGCAGCCCCGGUGUGGAGCCGCCCAUCAGCCAGACCCAGACCCCGCCCGUGGUGCUGCUUCAGCCCUUUUCCACGCCCACUCCACAGGCUUUGGUCAGCAGCGGCCAAUCACAGCCUCAGAGCCCCACCCAUCAGCCCCAGAGCUCCACCCAUCAGCCCCAGAGCCCCACCCAUCAGCCUCAGAGCUCCACCCAUCAGCCCCAGAGCCCCGCCCACCAGCCCCAGAACGUCCCGCCCCUGCAGCUGGGUGAAUCGGACGGGGAAGGGCCACCCAGGCUGGAGUUCGCAGACAGAACGAUAAAGACUCUGGAUGAGAAACUGAGAAACCUUUUGUACCAAGAGUACCACCCCUCGCAAACCACGAGCUCCGCCUCCGAGCCGCCCGGAUCACCGCCGUUGUCCGACAGCCAGGGCAGUGAAGCUGCCGUGAGGAAAGCAGAAAAACUGCCGCAGAUUCCAGAGAGGUCCGACAGUCUCGGAACCUUGAGUGAUUCUGCUGUCGCCCCCUUCAAAAGACUUCUGACCAGAAAAGACUCCGGGGCCACUUCUGCUACACACACAUCCAAGAGCCACUUCCAGAUUGUGCCAACAGAUUCAGAUGUGUCUUCUCACGAUGGUAGAGAUCAUGUGAUUGAUCUUGAAUCUGCAGCUGUUCCUGUAACUGAGAACGGACACAGAUCCACAUCAAAGUCACAAAGAAACCGUUACUCGGCACCUCCUGACUUAUAUCAGGACACAACUACUUCCUUUCCAGAGGCCAGACCCACAAUGCCUUGCGCUCAGAGCUCACUGUCAGCGGACGGGACGGCGCAGUGCUUGUCCUCGGACACCGGAGAGGAGGAUCAGAGCGAGACUCCGUCCGCUAAGCCCUCGUCUCUGGCUCCUGCCCCGUCAGAGUCAGGCGGCGGGGACUUCAUGAAGCGGGCGGUGGCGUUCCUCCGGCGCUCGGGUCACAGCAGCAGUGUCCAAAGCUCCGAUUCGCCCCCUUGUCCUCUGGUGAAUGGACACGCCCCCUCGGUUAGCGGCCCCGCCCACUCCGCUUACGUCAGUAGUGAUAAUGACUCUGAGUUUGAGGACGCUGAUAUGAAACGAGAAAUGCAGAAGCUGAGAGAGAAGCACAUGAAGGAGAUCUCCGAGCUUCAGGCUCACCAGAGAGCAGAGAUCGAGCAGUUGUAUUCUCGGUUAGGUCGACCGGUUCCUCCCAGCAUGGGCUUCUUGCAUGCAGUGCCGCCUACCGGCCGCCGCCGCAGAGCCUCCAAACACAAGCUGAAGGGAAGCCGACUGCUCAAUCCCAUGGUGCAACAGCUUAGAAACAACCGAAGCAACAGCUCUACAGAGACGUGCUCCAGUGUGUCGGGGUCUCCGGUCAAGAGCUCGGAUCUGGGUAACAGCUCAGUGGGAUCCAGCACAGCCACGCUGAGCCCCGUGUCAGAACCUCUGGAGCCGGUCCAGACUCAGCAGCCCUGCUCGCUCAAGGGUUCUCUGUCCUCUGACAACAUCUAUGGCCCCACCACACACACACCACCCCGACAAGGCUGGACCGUUUACCACCAAACAUCUGAGCGAAUCACCUAUAAAUCUAGUAGCAAACCACGCACUAGAUUCCUCAGUGGACCCGUGUCUAUGUCCAUCUGGUCCACUGUGAAACGGCUAUGUCUAGGGAAAGAGCGCAGCAGUAGGUCUCAUAGUACUGGUGCCGCCCAUGUGACUUCAGCAUCCAAUCAGAACCUGCCUCCCGCAGCUAUGCCUGCUUCAUCCUCUCGGCCGAUCACGGUGCUUGUUCAGGCUCAAGCAAACAACAGCAACAACAAAAGCGGUACAUUCACCGAUGACCUACACAAGCUGGUUGAUGAUUGGGCAAAAGAAACUCUUGCCUCUGCCCCUCAGCUCCGCCCCUCUGUGUGUCAGAGUAGACCGCCGAGAUCUCAUCAGUCCUUCCAGACCAACCCCACUCCAAUGUCCAGAAUCCCCAAUCAGAUAAGGGGCUCAAUCCCUCAGGCAGCUGUAAAGUUCCAUCUACCACUGUCCUGUCCGCUGUCAGCUGCUCUGGGUCCCAUCAUGCCUCAUGGCAUCACCAGCACCACAUCACCCAUCCUCCAGCAGGGCGGAUACUUGAUGCCCACCGCCCCCUUUGCUGGUAUGAUGCCAGCCCCUGUGUAUCCAAACCAUUGGUCCGGUUUGCCCAGUCCAGUGGGCAUGUUUGCUACGGCCGGUAUGGUCCCUUACCCAGCCAUGGGCAGCCCAGCACUGCAGACUUUUCCUCUGGUGGUGAAAAGCCCAGACGCCCCGAUGUGCCCCAGCAAAGCCAGGACUGCAUAAGAGUGCCGCCCUGCGCUCCAAACACCACAACAGACGCUGUUUUUUGAGUACGGCUAAUCAAUGCACACUUGCAGAAGGAUAAUCAUGCAAGCUCAACACAGCUGAUUACAGACAUUUUCUCCCGGAUAAAUUAAUUGCCCACUAAUUCGCAGAGCAGUGGGAGUUUCUGCAACACUCUAGAAUAUGUUUUUAACUCUGCUUCAGGAUCAAACCACAAUCUCUGAAAUGUCUGUGUGCUUUGGAUCGCUGUUGGAUUAUGGACACAUCUGUGCAAAGCCUUUGAGCCUGUAAAUAUGAGGUGUGUGUAUGUGAAAUUGGGCAUGAGGGGGUGUGUUUGUGUCAAAAAAGUUCUGUGGGCACUGCUUUCGCUUUUUUCCCUUUUUUUGAAGACCUUUUAGUUCUUAUGUUUGAAUCUGUAUUGAGGUGUGUUAGUAAAGGGGUUGACUGAGAGUACUGCAGGACCAUGGCCUUCAAUUCUACUGCCAUAGAGUAUAAUUUUAUAAUAAUUUCCCCCAUAAUUCAACAUACUGUGAGUGACUAACCUACGGUAGCAUGAGCAGGCGGCUCUUGGAGCUAUAGACAUAUUUCACAAAACACGAGCAGAAUAAAUUUAGUCAUUCUUACAAUGAUGUAAGAAUUGAAAUUCAUGCUGCUUGUGUUUUAUAAGAGGCCAAAUGCUCAAAGUUGUCAUGAUUGAUUAUAGAAAUAUUAGUCCUACUUUUCAGUAAUACUGUUUAGAAUAUUUUUCAUAAAUUUACAGCACUUUUGAGUGGCUUUCAUUGGCUGUUUACAGAAAUAUCCAGCAUUUUUAAACUAUUUCAGGCCACAGGACAAAAUCCCUACAUGAAAAUGAAUAAUUCAGGACGAUGUAGUGCCUUGAUCAGUUUUCCCUCUAAAGGUAUGACUCACGUCUGAGGAAAAGCCAUUCCUCUGUGGUUUAGCAUGAUUUUCCUUCUGUUCCUAAUGCAAUAGUUUUUUUCAUAAGCCUUUUUUUCAGUCAUGUGGUGGUUUACAUAUUUACUGUCCCCUUUGUUGAAGCGAGUUUGCAAUCAAUACAUUUAACAUAAUUUUAAGUUUAAAUAGGAGCUAGUCUGUGCAGAUUGAUAAAUGAGUGCAGUUCCAGCUGUUGAUGCUUGGGUUUCUGAUCGUUGUACUGCAUUCAUAAGCAAUACUGCACUACCAUACUGUACUAAGCACAGAGGAAGUGAACAAAUUGUUUACAUUGCGAUGAUGUAAUGUAUUAAUGCAUGCCAUCAAAGUGUCGCAGAUACCAAAAUACAAAAUUAAGAAUUGCUAUCUAAAUAUAUCAAGGAGCAUUGUAUGUGCUUGUGGUCUUGCAGAAACCCAAAGUGCGCCACCUUCCCUCUUUAGAGUGUAACACAGGGACUGAAUGCAGGUUUGACUUUGGAAUCAGUGUUGUGUGAACCCCGAAUGUAGCAUGUCAAAUGCUGGAGCAGCACAUUGACAUUACAUGCAUGUGAAUCAAUCCCUCUGUUAUGUGCACCAUAAACCCCACCUAUAAUGUAAAAGCUAGCCAGACUUGGCACAGAGCAGAUCUACUUUGCAUUCAUACACACAAGUUAUGUUACUAUUUUAUCAACUCUAUGUUUUUUAUUUGCUUUGAAUAACGGCUGAAGAUUUUUUGUGUUCGUUUGUUUUCUCCAUUUGCUCUGUUAUGAGCUCUUUCACAGUGUCGGUGAUGUUGAGAUAAUAUUUUAAUUUCUUUUAGUAGGGCAGUUCAAUUGUUGUUUCAUAAAAGUGAUCCAAUAUGGGAGAAAAUGCAAGCAAUUGAAUAUUAGCUCACACAGAUACACAUAUACAAAAUGUAUCUGUUUCCAAAACCCACAUCCCAGUUUAUACAGUUUUAUUUGUUAUGUUUCUAAGAUGUCAUCUUAUUUUGUUGUGUAAUUUAGUCACAUUUCUGAUAGAGCCAGCAGGCUGUUUUCUUUCUGAAUUCUUCCAUAUUCUUCAUCAGACUUUGAGUUUUUUUAAACCUCAUUUUCAACAGUAUCUUUGUAAAAGGCUGCGACCCACACGACUGCCAAACUGUGAAUUGUACAGUCCUCUUGUAUUUAUUUUAUCAGUGCUUUUGAUGCAUCUUCUGUCCUUUAAUGUGUCAUUCCAUCCAUUCAUUUGUACAGGAUGUUCAAUCAGUCAGAAUGAUCUGCUUCAUGUGAAAUGUUUCCAGUAGGAAGGGGUUUCUGAUAUUCUGUUUUUGCUGUGUAAUGCUAAAAUCUCUGUCAAUAAUUACUUUACUUUGCCAUGUUAGUGACUUACUGAUCAAUCUGAUGUGGCGUUUAAUAGGUUGUGGACUUUUUCUUUUUUUUUUUCCUGCAUUGGCGCUCUGUGAAUGGUUGCUUAUGAUGCACACCCUUCAAUGAAUUACUUUACUCCGCUCAGAUACAAAAUGCACUCACAACACA